GUAUAAAGUUUUACAACGCUAAACAGUUAAAAUGAAUCAUGAAUAUUAGUAAUGUUUUACACCGUCAGGCAAAAUUUGUUACCCGUUUUGGCAAACAGGCAGUUAAAAGACAUGGGCCUAAAUCACAAAACGGCGCGGUUCCUAUGAAGUUACUACACAUACACUGUCCUGACUACUCUAAAAGUUUAGUAAAGACGAAAAAUGUGGAAAUUAAUUUUAAAAACCCCAGGAAGGAAAUUACUAGAAAGGAGAUCGACGAUUGCGAAGAAGAACAGAUGAUUAAUUAUUACAUAAACAAAGCUAAGAGUUCUCUAAACAUCGUUGACGAUGUAGAUUAUUACGACAUAGAUCUAAACAAGCGAACCUUCUAUAAAUUGGUCGACAUUUGGAUUAGCGAAGCUGGUUUGGCUCGUCGGGGUCACAGAGAGUUUAUUCAAGCUGCAAUGCACGCUAUGCCAAAGUUUAAUGUCGAAUCUGACAUAAGAGCAUACGUUCGGUUAUUGGACUGUUUUCCUGACGGUAAACAUACGGGAAUACAUAGAAGCCAUUGGUUCUAUUCUGCAUUUCAAGACAAGAUUGCAGAUCACUCGAUUGCUGAAAACCUUGUGAGUCAAAUAAGCCAACACGGUGCUAUUCCUAAUGAUAAACUGUUCAAUAAAGCAUUGGAAAUAUUCGGAAAGUUUAGUCCAGCCAUGUUAGCUGUGAGACAAUGCUUAUUUUGGUAUCCACGAAUUAUUGCUUUUCAGAAACACCCAAUUUCUGUAUCAGAUUUUAAAGAGUUAUCGCCAACUGAAAUUGCAUUUCAUGGGUUGCGGCAAAUGAGCCCUGGUUUAGAUGCAAAAUUCCGAAAUUUUGAAGUUUUACAAUCUGAAUGUGAUGAAAUAUUAAACACAGACCAACUGGACUCAGUGGUUAGCAUUCAAACACCUGAACAACAGUCAAUGCUUGCAAAACAUGACCCAGAUUCUCCAGUUUUUAUACAAGGUCCUAAUACUGUUUAUGUUAAAAACAAACAGUUACAAUAUUAUGUCAUGCGCUCAGACCCAAAAGAAUUAAUACCUGCGAAAAAAGAAGUAAAAACUACAAUGUUAACCAGUAAAGAAUGGUGGCAGGAAUUUUACGGAACAGAUUGGGAAACCAAUAAAUCUUAUGUUGAAGGUAAAAAUUAUAUCUUUCCUGAUGAAGAAUUUUUUCCAAGGGUAGAGUUGGAGGAUGGCCUUGGUUAUACUGAGACCCGCAUAAAAGAAAUUGCCCAAGUUGAAAAAGACACUGAAAAAGUAGAAGGACCCGUGUAUGCCAUUGCAUGUACUGACUAUACCUCACACGCUGCACUGAGGACAUGGGUCCGUGGGCUAUUAGAAGAUAAUAAGAAUUUAUCCCUCUGUACUGUUAUGUUCCAGGAAGAAACUCCAUUUUUGUUGUCAGCUCCGAAAACUGAUCCAAAUGAUGAAUAAAUUAUUUUACACUAA